UGUCGGGGGCGAACUGGUCGAGGCUUUGUACGAGUCUCUUCCUAGAAGAUUUAGGAGUCUGUUUGAUUUCGUCGUAUAUAUAGAUUUGUGUAGAGUGAUUGCUAAGCAGGAAUCAAUUUUAUGGAGAUGCGUAGCCCGAAGCUCCGUAAACGCGAAGAAGCUGCGACGGCGAAGUGGUCGAAUCUUUGUCUGGAUGUGAUCCAGAUGGUGUUGGAGAAACUGAGCGCCACCGAUUUCAAUCGAGCCAAGGCCGUUUGCUCGGGAUGGCUGUCUGCAUCUAGACAAAGCGUGCGAAAACAGAAUCAAACCCCAUGGCUGAUUCUCUUCCCUUACGAGAGAUCUUACGGCUAUUCUUGUCGCAUGUUGAAUCCUGGGGAGAAAGGUUUGGUGUACAGAAGUCGAAACCUGGGUGUGGAGUUCACGCAGAGUCGGUGCAUUGCCACUUGCGGAAGCUGGCUCCUUAUGUAUCUUGUUCGUGGCGGUCGACCCAAGCUUUACAUUCUAAACCCCUUGAGCCGGGACAGAAUCAAUCUACCUCCUCUGGAGUCCUGCAAAAGCGACAAUAUCUUCUCGGCUAAACGUUUUUGUAUCGGCGACCAACAACCCAGAAGAGAAAGUGUACUCACUGACCUCUCAUCCGAGUGGGAAAAAUCAGUUUUGUGGGUAGAAGAAAGAUGCAAAAAUUACUUAGUGGUUUGGUCACAUGGGGCUCGUCUUUUCUUCUCCAAGAAAGGAGACAAUGUUUGGAGGAUGUUUCAUGUCCGGAUUAUUGGGUUAACCGACUUUGUAUGCAAAGGCCUCAUGCUCUACAUGUAUAUUAGGCUUUCUUUCAUUGACAUCUAUGACUUCUCUGGGGACUCUCCUGUUGCUCUAACCCAUCCUCCAUAUCCCUUCUACCGUCGUCCUCGUUUCUUGUCCCCUUUCAUAAUCAACAGGAUUGCUGUUACUACAUCUGGUGAGGCUCUCUUGGUCACAAUAUACAAUAUCCACAAAACCUCCCGCACCUUCUACGUCUACAAGAUGAACCAUGCCACCAACAAAUGGGAUGAAAUGGCUUCUUUGGGCGACCAGGCUUUGAUCCUCGACCUUGGAAUCACCGUCUCUGCCAAAGAUGUUCAAGGAUUCAAGUCAAAUUCUAUCUAUUGUAGUGGUGUCGGUUUUGGCACUGAUCAUAUAUUUAUCUACAGUCUCGCUACUCGCAAGGUAGAACCAUUUAUGGCUUCAACUAACAAGUUCUUUGAUGCUCGGUGGUUCAUCCCGAAUGUGUGAUAUUGGCGUAUUCUCAGGAAAUUUAUGUGUACUGGAUGACGUAGCUGGUGAGGCGCCUGAUCAAUUUUCUUUAUAUAGCCAAUAUCUCCGAAUCUAUUUUGCUGAGUUUGGUUUGAAUCAUUAAAUAAGUGAGAGGUGCCUGAUCAAUAUUUUUAUGUUCAAAAGUUCGAAUCUUGCUCACUGUAGUUUAUCCUUCAAAAACCAAGGUAGCAAAGCAGGGUUUUAAUAGAAGGUAUGUGUAAUGUUUUAAUUGUUUACAUUCGUAGUUUUCUUUCAAUGUUGCAACUUUAUGAGGAUCUGAUUACAAGUUCCAGUGUUGUGUUAUUUGCUAAUGUAGCAGAUGUGUUGUAUCCCUAGAGAGAAAUUUUUA